GCCACUGACUCGCGGACCGCCAUCCACGACGCGACGGUCAGACAGUGCAUACAGCGCGCGAAAAGACAGUCCGCCAAGUGAGAGGCAUUUAAGAGACAUCGGCCAAAGUUGGAGAGGGCAAGGAUCGCUUUUAUUUUUCGACCUUUUCUCUCAGUGCGCUAUUUAUUGACACUGUGCGCGGUGUGCCCACUGCUGAAGAGACGGCAGCUUGACUUUGAGACGCGCACUGUGAUUUCGUUCGCCUGAAUUUGUUUCGACGACUGCAGAAACAAUGGCCGACCCCAAUGCAUUUAAGGACUUCGCUAAAGAGAUGACGGACUUCAUCGUGAACUAUCAGGAGAACAUUAGAGAAAGGAGAGUUUUACCCACUGUAGAGCCUGGUUACAUGAAGCCUCUCCUACCCGAGGAAGCGCCGCAGCAUCCCGAGGACUGGAGAAGCAUUAUGAAUGACUUGGAAAGAGUCGUAAUGCCCGGCAUAACUCACUGGAACAGCCCGAAAUUCCACGCAUACUUCCCCACAGCUCAAUCCUACCCCGCAAUCGUGGCCGACAUGCUUUCCGGCGCACUGGCUCAGAUUGGAUUUACAUGGAUCGCAAGUCCCGCGUGUACCGAACUGGAAGUAAUAAUGCUCGAUUGGCUUGGAAAAAUGCUGGAGCUGCCCAAGGAAUUUCUGGCUUGUAGCGGUGGUAAAGGAGGGGGUGUCAUUCAGGGAACUGCGAGUGAAGCGACUCUAGUGGCUCUCCUGGGAGCAAAGGUGAAGAAAGUUAAACAAAUCAAAGAGCAGCACUCAGAAUGGACUGAUAAUGAAAUCGUUGGAAAGCUUGUCGCAUACGGUUCAGCUCAAGCGCACAGUUCCGUUGAACGUGCGGGUCUCUUGGGUGGAGUGCAUUUUAGACUCCUUGAAACUGACUCGAAGCACCAACUUCGCGGGGAGACACUCGCCGAUGCUAUUCGCGCAGACAAGGAGAAGGGUCUCAUUCCCUUCUACGUCGUUGCUACCUUAGGAACCACUUGCUCCUGUACGUUUGACCGUCUUGAUGAGUUGGGACCGAUUUGCAACAGCGAAGAAAUCUGGCUGCACGUCGAUGCUGCCUAUGCCGGCUCCGCAUUCAUCUGCCCGGAAUUCCGUUACCUCAUGAAGGGGGUAGAGCGAGCAGACUCCUUCAACUUCAACCCGCACAAGUGGCUGUUGGUAAAUUUCGAUUGUUCCCCCUUGUGGCUGAAAGAUCCCUUACACGUGAUUAACGCGUUCAACGUUGACCCCCUGUAUCUCAAACACGAUAUGCAGGGGUCUGCCCCGGACUACAGACACUGGCAGAUUCCUCUGGGCAGAAGGUUCAGGGCACUGAAGCUGUGGUUCGUUCUUCGUCUCUACGGAAUCGAGAAUCUCCAGAAGCACAUAAGGAGCCACGUGGCCCAGGCCCAUGAAUUCGAAUCGCUGGUGUUGUCAGACUCCCGGUUCGAGAUCGUCGAGGAAGUCGUCCUUGGCCUCGUCUGUUUCAGACUGAAGGGCUCGAACGAGCUGAACGAUCAGUUGCUGAGGCGAAUAAACGGCGCGGGCAACAUUCACUUGGUGCCGUCCAAGAUCAAUGACAACUUCUUCUUGCGACUGGCCAUCUGCUCGCGCUACAGCGAGAGCAAGGACAUCCAGUACUCGUGGCAAGAGAUCAAGCUACGCGCCGACGAGCUUCUCGAGGAGCAGUCGCUCUCCAAGUGAUGGCGCGCCCGCAUAACUCGUAGCUGCAAGGCCCUCACACCCGUCACCUGCAAUCAGUCUUAGGCAAUUUUAGCCGCCGCCGCCGCCGCUGUGCUGAUCUCAAAUCCUAAAUAUGUAUAAUCCUCUGCUGCUUUGUCUCUUGUCUCGACGAAACUGAAAUUUCCUUCGCUGGCUAUCUCCCUGCAGGGCGACAUUAUCUUAUACGUGUAUACUGUACUCGCUUUGCUCCGGAGCAAUCGUAGCGAAAUUGUAGUUUUCCAAGUGUCGUGUUGUUGUUGUUGAAUUGGGAAAGUUUUUCGAUGAAUUGCAUUGUGUCGAUUGGGUGUUGCAAAAUAAGUAAAAGAAUCGUCUCGGCCGGUAGAGCUGUCUGUCUCUAUUUGCAUAAAAUAUUCUUAUCCGUCGACCUUCACAAAUUUCUCCAAAAAAAAAAAAAAAAAAAACGCGCGUUAUAUUUUAAAAGAUAAAAACGAAGCACUUGUUAAACCACACCCAAAAAAAAUUCGUAGUCGUGUUGUAGAUUCUCCUUGUAUAUCGGGAAUGUGCGUUGAAAGUUAAAACCGUUUUUUGCCAAGUCAGCCGAGAAAAAAACUCGCUGAGCCUAUUAUACUCGUUCCAGGCAUGUUUGUUUUGUAAAGCGAAAUGAGAAGGAAAAUUAUAAAAGAGAAAACGACGCCGUUUGCGUAAAGUAUUCGAGUCCCAUGCUUACUGUUAUGGCAACUGCGCCGGUCUCACAGUUGCUUGUUAAUCGCUGAACUUCGAAACCGAUCAAGUUUUCCUCUCUAAUUAAUCCGUACACGGGCACAUGAGAAAUUGAAAAUUCUUACGAGCCUACGAACGUGCUGCAGCUGGGACAAUAAUAGAUUUAGAACUUAGAAAUUACUCGCUCCGAAAGUACGUGCUGACUAUACGCGGGCAGUGUGAAACAAUCAAGUAUUAUUAAUGGGACCAACGGGAAAAUAUACAAAAAAUUGAAUAUA